AUGGGUCAGUUAUAUCCAUUUCAUAAUUUUAUCACUGGGAGUGCCUUUGCCCACCAUUACAGCGGAGGCAUCACUAAGCAUUCUAGGUGAUGGCAACUGUUUUUCUCUCUCCUAGUAACAACUUUGAGGGACAGGCACAAGAUCAACAGGUGCAGCUCUGCAGAGCCAGAAAUAAGAGCAAAGGGGCAGAUGCAAGCCUGUUGGAUUUCCUCCUGACAGUGGUCCUUUACCUGUGCACAAAUGCUGCCAGGAUUUUAUAUAUAGUCGUAUUAUUAAGUGAACACCCUACUCUUGUGCCACUUGCUUUCUCUGUGUGGUUAUGCAGUUUACUAUCAUCCUGGCAAUGAAAUCAGACCAUAAAAUUUUUGUGUUAUGAACCGCCCUGAGAUUUGCGGACGAAGGGCGGUAUAAAAGUUUAAUAAAUACUUUUAAAAAGCACUCUGCAGCUGCUAAUAUUUAUUAUUAUUUAUUAUGAUGAUUAUUAACAUGUUUUUCUAUGACAGGGACUCAGCAUGGCUUACAGAUAAAAAUAAGAGCAGCCUGAAAAACAUCAUUAAAAACAAGUGAACAUUGAUAGAAUUAACACACGCACUUUAUUAAAAACAUACGGACAAUUAACAAUAAAAAAGGCUCGCAGUUUCUCUCUCACACUCACUCUCCCUUUUCAACCCCGGGUCAGACCUAGGUAGCGCCCAGAGCGCCUGCGCCAUGCCAAGCCCCGCCCCUACCCUCCCCAGUGCCGAAAAUGGCGCGUGCGCACUGAAAGCCCGGUCUUGUUUGUGCAUGGGCGCGCGCUCCCGUGUGUGUUUGUAUAUGUGGGCUUUCCCCGUUCUCUCUCUCUCUCACUCACAUACAUACACACAUCUCCUCCUCCUCCUCCUCCUCCUUCUCGACCACAUCCGGGGUCACGCGGCUUUCGCUUCCUGCUGCGGUUUGUUUGUUUGUUGUUUGUUUUUUUUCUGGGUGGGGAGGGGAGAGGAAAGAGCCUUAGAGACAAGACAGACAGACAGAGACGGAAGGAAGGACCCGAAUGAGGGACCCAACCGCCGCCUGGUCGCGAGCGCGCGCGCGUCCCCGUGGCUCCGUCAGCUGAAGGAGGCGCAGAGAGAGAGAGAGACUGAGAAAGCUCGCGCCUCCUUUUCUGUCAGAGGAACGCUGAGCGGGUGAGGGAGCGCGAACGCGAGCGGGCACGCGCCGCUGGAAUUUUCAAAGAGGGAGGGAGGGAGGGGGGCGACCCAAACUGCCGGCGGCGGCGGCGGGGCCUGUCUUGGGCUUCCGUUGGCCUCGGCGCCCCUCGCCCGGUUCUCCCCUUCGCCUCAGGCUCCGGUCCACGCGGGGAAAGACGGAGGUGAGUGACCCGGAGGUGGGGAAAGGGAGGACGGGACGGACGGACUCGCCUGGGGUUUCGGGGCUGCGGGGGAAGGAUGGGGUCAGGGAAGCGCCCCUCAUGUGUGUGUGAGGGGGGAAGGAGCGCACCUCCCCCCUGGAACUUUUAAUAAGCACGCGUUUGUUUGGCUCCUUUGCGCGCUUCAGGCUCCCGCAUCCUGAAAGGCCGACCCCCGCCCCACACUCCCACCCACCUGCGCCUACCUUUUUUCAUACACCAUGUGCUUUUUUCUGAGGGGCUCUCCCUGCCCGUCUCCCCUGCUCAGGGCGCACCUUCCCUUCAGCCUCUCUUUCCCACCCCAGUUUCUGAAUCUUAAACAUUACUCGGGGCUGCCGCCGGGUAUAGUCUCCCCUUCCUUUGAAUACACAGCCACCCUGUGAAGUUGAGAGUUUCCUCUUCUCUCCGGGAGCGCCUUCACUCUCGUGUAUCGCACACAUACACGUCCACGCUUACUUUCUCUUCAGGAGGAAAUUCCCAUUUCCUCUCACAGUCUUCUUCCUUGCAAGGUAUUUCCAGAGGAGUUUUGUUGCAGAGAGAGAGAGAAAAGGCUAGAUUUGCGGGCACCUUGGAAGACAAACUUACUGUGGGGAGAGUCUAACAGAAGAUGUUUCUUCUCUGUGUUGCGCCCAAAUCCUAAAUUCGUUGACUUGGAAGAAAAUCCUGCUGUGUUCCGCAGGACUUACUCCUGGGUAGGUGCCACAGGAUUGUAGCCUUAUAGCACAAUCCUGACCAUGUAUAUUCAGAAAUAAGUCCUGUUGAAUUCAGUGGGGUCAUGACUGCAGCCUUAGUCUUUUUUGAUGUAGACUAUAUAGGACAUCAGAUCCACACACUCUGUUUCCACCACCUGUAUCCCUUUACCAGUUUCCUAUCCUCCAUUCUCUUUUACUCAACCCUUCUCAUACCCCAGCCCAAUGGCAUCCUGUAUGAAGAACCUUUUUUAGCUUCCUCUUUACGCACCCUGUUUCAUAGCCCCCUUGUCUAUCGUCUGAGGGCCUCCUUGUUUUCCUGUUCACUGGAUCCUCUCAACCUGUGGGUUCUCUCCCUCCUCGCAUCCUGUUUUUGUGCCUCCAUUCUUCCUGGAUCCCCAUUCCUCUGCCCCUUCCGCAUUCCCUCUCAGUGCUUCCUUUUGGGAAGAGCUGCUUGGGAUGAAUGAGAGAGACCCAGACCCUGCCACUCCCUCUAUUCCCAUGCUACUUUGUGAUGUUUACCUGUCCCUCUCGGCCUCUCCCCUGGUCCCUGCACAAUGAGGUUGGAAGAAACGCUAGAAAUUAGGGUUUCGGUGGUUUACUAGCAAGGCUGUUUGCAGCCACCACCCCUUCCUUGCUGUUUGGAGUGUGUAUGCACACACGCCUACGCAAGCAACUCAAGCGGUUUCAAUCAGGCUAGCAGGGAAGAAGUGUCGUUUGCCGCCUUCUUGCAUUUAUUGUUGUGAUAGUCUGGUGCUCAUUGUUGUGAUGGGAACCUGUCACUUGUGAACAUAUGAGGCCAGUGUAUUGAGCUUUAGAAAGGGGACACCAUCCUCAUGAUACACUGACCUAAGGCAGAUUUGUUUUGUCAAUGAAUGUGUUUGUACAUAAUUCAAAAGCCACACAGCUUCCUGGUUCAAAAUUAUAUCCCUGAGUAAUCAUGAGACCUGAAAAACAAAUUGCAUAAUUUCUGUGGUUAUUCUUUGUGGACAUCGCUACGAAGCUCAAGAACGAGUAGAGCUGCUGUAAAAAGGAGGGGCAAAUCUCUUUAAUGCUGUUUCAUAAGCAUGUUUUAUAUUUUACAAAGUAUGCUUUGUAAGAAUAUUUGUUUGAAACAGGCUUAUUAUAGCUCCCAAGUAGAACAGUUAUAUUCAGAAAUCUGCCUAGUUAAAUACCGCUGUUUUUGUGAAGAAGAGAGGAGGCUAAUAAUGUGAAGAUUGCCUUGUUUAACUUGCUGUAUUUCUUGGCACUUCAGUGCAUGUAUUUGUAGGUCAUGAAAAAGCCCUUUUUUAAAUUAACAAAGACUUUGAAGAGUGACUUAAUACUAAAGAUGGUAGUGUACACACACAAAUAUUUAGUGACUUUGGUAAUAUUGUGGUAAUAUCUAACAUAAGAACACUGGUGUGUGAAAUAAUCCAAGACAAUGAAAACUAAGUGUAAACAAUGGUAGUGCCUUAAAUAAUGCGAAUUAGGUUAAUAAACUUCAAUAGGCAACCUUUGGAAAACUGUUGAAUGUGUAUGCUUUGCCAAGUAAGAAAUAUACUUGUGUGCAUUUUGUUUCUGUUCAAUGUGUUCCUUUUCUUUUGUCUCCAAGCAGCUGUUCCCCAUUGGAAACUGACUUUGUCCAAGCUGGACUAAAGUCCUGUCCCUGCUUGGUUGACCUGUUUGUACUUUCUUUAAUUAAGGAAGAAUCUGGUCCAUAUUCUAUGAAGAAAUGCAUAGCACUGUAUGUGCAGGAGGGAGGAAAGUAGGGGAGGAAAUAAAUAAGCAUUGGACUGGAUCAUCUCUGUGCAAUGCAAUCAUAUUCAUCUUUACUUGAAAGGAAGUCACACUGUGUUCAGUGACAUUUACUCGCAGCUAAGUGUGUGUGGCUUUGCAGCCAUAUAGCACAAUUCUAUGCUUGUUUACUCAGAAGUAAGAUCCACUUUGUUCGUUAGAACUUACUUGCAGGUAAGAGUGCACAGGAUUGCAGCCUGUAUUUAUUUGUAAAACAGAAUGGCUUGCACUCUGCAUCUGAACAAGCAUGCAAUGAUAGAUGAACUUUAACAGGCUACUUUUGUGAUUAAUACUAAUGUUUGCUUUUGUUAUGCAAGCUGAUGUUUGUUUCUGUGAACAGAUGUGAUUUUAAAAUGCUCAUUAUUGGUAGCCAGUUGCCAUUUUUGCAGCAGAAAGACAUAACAUUAGUUUUGUCUUGGGUGUGGCCUUCUGCAUUAGAAAACAUUGUAGUAUUUCUGGGAGGAACAAUUUUUUAUCAGCAAAUGUGUGACUUGCCUAGAUAAUGACAGGGGGCUUUCACAAGGGAGGGCUAGCAGUGGAGAGGGCUGUUGAUCCUUCAGUUGCCUGCUGAUUCUCUUCUGCAGAUGCACCCCAAAGCUGUCCACCCCCCUUACUACUUGUUUCAGUCAGAGCCUGGCUGGGAGUAGGGGAAUUAAAAACUGCCAGGUAGCUUGAAUUUUAAAAGAAGAAUCAGGGGGCAAGGUAAUUGUUAACUGCUCUACUUUAAGCCUUACAAUGGAAACAUGAGAUUGGGACCCUUGGGUUUCCCUCUAGUUUCGCUGCAAUGAAGUUCUGACAUGUGUGGGUUAGUAAUUCUUGUGGACUUAAUUGCAGGCGAAUAUAGCAAUUUGCCUUAUACUGAAUUCAACCUUAUAUUAGCCUGGUUCUCUCAUAAGACUUAACUUGGUUUAUUAAACUUGUUUUAUUAAACAAUGGUUUAGCACAGGGGUUGGCAAACUAAGGCCUGCGGGCCGGAUGCAGCCUGCUGGGCUCGUUAAUCCGGCCCACGAACCUUGCGGACCCUGCCACACACUCAGUCAGUCCCCACGCUAAACCAGCGCGGCGUGGAGGCUUUGCCACACGGGGACUGACUUCCGCGAUGCGAUGCUGCUUCUGAUUGGCUGCAGGAAGCUCCUGCAGCCAGUCAGAAGCCACGGACGCCUCUGGGCUGGCGACGAUGCUGGCGCAGCCUCCGCACCAUCGUCGCUUCCUCCCACUCAGCUCUUCCUGCUCAGCCGCCUCAGCGGGAAGGAGGGGGCGGCGCCCAGAGGCAGCCAAGUGAGAGGAAGUGGCCGAGCGGGAGGAAGCCGUGGCAAGGAGGCUGCCUCCGCCACCCAGGCCAAGGUUGUAACAGGAAAGAAAAACCUAUAGUUGCCUUAAAUCUCAUUUGGCUACUGUAUGUACAUAUGUUUCAAUUGACUUAGGGGCCUCCCAGGUCUGUAUGUCUGAGCAGUGGCAUGGUUAUCAGCGAUGGCAGUAGCUAUUCCCCCUCUUCCACUAAACCCAACCAGUACAGUCAAUGAAAAAUUGACAUGGUGUUCCAUUGCUUGAACAGUCCAAAUGAUGUAUUGCCCCAGCAGCUAUCAAUUAAUUUGGGGUGGGAAGAAAAAAUGGCAACAUACCCCUUGAAUCCCAGAUAUAUUUAUUCACUAAACUGCAGAGGAGAAGGAACAAUAUGAUGGAACAGCUGUGGGUUUACUCUAGAGGAGAAAGGUCACAACCGUGAGUUGAUUGGCUAAGUACGGUUGUGGGUUCUACCUCAUGCUAAGUCUCCUCUAAUUCUGGACAUCAGUUUGGAUUGCAUGGAGCAGCAAUAGCAAUAUACUUUUUUUACUCUUGCCAUUAGCUGAUAACAAUAUAUUCUCUCUUAUGAGUUUGUAAAUACUCUAGUAUAAUGCAAGAAGCAUUUUCUUGACUAUGCAUUCCAUGAAGAGUGAAAUUCCCUUGUCAAAAUUCCCAUAUUACUUUCAUUCUGGUAUGUCAACAUCCUGAAAUAUUCACUUGUAUUGGAGGCAUGAGCAUAUGAUCCAGGGCAAAUUUAUGAAUGUAGCUUUUGUAUCCUGAGUGACAAGUACAUUCAGUUAUUAAAUCUAGUUUAUUCAUCUACAAUCUAUAAGCAGAACUGAAGAGUAGAUGGAAGUGUUGAGAAAGUCUGAAGCUUUGCUUUCUUUGUCCUCAGUUAUACAUGGAAUUUAUUUUGGAUACCAAAUACAAUCUGAAACUCCCUCCAUUUUGGAAGAUUUUCUGUUUCUAGCUUGCUUUGGUUUUGUAGUGGGUCAGUUUCUUUUUUAAUCUAUUUUUAUUAAAGAUUUUCUUAGUUUACAAAAGUACAUGCCUUGUCUCUUUUUCAGCUUGUACAGUCUUUCUUAACAAAUCAGUUACAUUUGUUGUGAGACAUUAGUGUUGAGUACAGUACGGUGGUACUUCAUGUUACGUACUUAAUCCGUUCCGGAGGUCCAUUCAUAACAGGAAACCGCUCGUAACAUGAGGCACGCUUUCUCUAAUGGCGCCUCCUGCUGCUGCCGCGCUGUCGGAGUGCGACUUCCGCUCACAUCCCGGCGCAAAGGUCGCAACAAGGGGCUUCUACUUCCAGGUUAGCGGAAUGCGUAACCCGCAGCAUUCGUAAGGGGGAUGGUACGUAACAUGAGGUACCACUGUAUAAGGUUGGGGGAGAGGAGGUGUGGUGUGGCGUGGUGAGGCUUAUAUUCUUUUGUAAAGUGUACGUGUGGGGUUUUGUGUCAGCGUCAACUGGGUAGGUUCUCUUUCUAUUUGUUUAUUACAUUCCCUUGGUAGUGAGAGGUAUUGGGGAGUAGGGUGUUGUUGGUUGUCUGUGGUUGGCUGCAAUGGGGUUUGUUUGCAUUGGGGGGGUGGCUUAUUGGGUCAGGUAAGCCAGAUUGAUUCCUAUGCUGUCAGUGGGUUAUUCUUGUUGGACUGUGUAUGUGAUAAAGGGGAGCCGUACUGGGGUGUAGGCAUCCUCUUCUAUUUGUCCCUGUGUCAGUUUCAGUUUAUUGGUUAGCUUUUCUAGUAAGGCCGUUUUCCAUACAAUUAGAUACCAUUGGUCCAUAUUUACUCCUGACUGGUCUCUCCAGUGGGUCAGCAUCUGACUGAGUCAUAUACAAGUUUAGGAGGAGGAGAAUUUUGAGCAGACUGGUUUAGAGACAAUAGCAAUGAAGUCCUGCCCUUCAGAAUACUUUAUAUUGACAUAUGCAACUUGGAGACUAUUGAUAAAAUUCACAGAGUUAUGAAACAGUGGUGAGUUUGUAAGAGGAACAGUGUUCAAAAGAGGAUGAAAAGUAUAACUUUUCACCCCUGCUUCCUGUACCAUGUGUGCUUUAGGUGAUACUCACAGUAUGUUGCUUUAUUUUUAUUAUUUAUUAAAUUUGUAUACCGCCUUAUACCCGUAGAUCUCAGGGUGGUUUACAAUAUAUAAAGAACAAAACAUGUAAUAAAAAUAAAAACAAAGAUAACUCAAUAAUAAUUAUAACUGCUUUAGUGUUAAAUAUCAGUAUAGACUAGGGUACAGAAUUAAUAUUGCUACUACUGCUUCUGGGAACCUAAAGGUCAGUAAUGACUAAUGCCACAUGCAAAUGUAAAAGGUGGUUUUUGUGUGUGUUGGUUCCCUCACUUUCCAGAGUUCAAUUUGAAGACACUAAAACUGUAAUAAUGCUCUUAUAUGCUGCUUAAUAGGGUGUUCAUGUGAGACUGAGAUGAUAGUCUAAGAAGUUGUUCUGGCUUGGCAAAGUUCAGCCUCAUGCCCUCUAAUAUUUAAGGCAGUGGUGAGGAACCCAUGGCUAUUAAGAUGUUGUUAGACUACAACUUGCAACAUCCCUGAUCACUGGCCAUCCCGGCUAGAGCUGUUGGGAGUUGGAGUGCAACAACAUCUAGGUUUAAUGUAUUUAUUAAAGCAGGAGACUCUCCUCUAACAAAGUUCCUAGCUGCUAUUACUCCAACUCCUAGGUCAGGCGGCUUAGACAAAGUGUGCCAAGCUGGAAAGUUUGAUAGCCCUGACAACCCAUUGCUUUAAUAUACUUCUUUCUUUAGCCUGCUAAUAUGUGCAUAUGGAGCUGCAAUAUGAGAAGAAAUUCUAACUGCAUAACUCUCAGACUUGUAUGCUUCCUCCCCACUUCCCAAAGAAAGUUAUUCACCUCCAAAUAUGUUUACGAAUCUCCUUUUUACGUUUAAAAAGUGCUCACAAAGGAUGGACAGGACAUCAUGUUCCUCUCUUGCCAGUUAAUCUAAUGAGUAAAGGGUGGGUAGUAAAAAAACAACGUGGGUUGGAAAUGCUUGCAGACCGCAGUGGAUCUCUCAGUAUCACUGCUGUCAGCCCACUGUGUUUCUAUGCUGCAUAUAUAGGAGAAACUCCCUCCAUUGACAUAAUUUUUCCCUCACCAAAACCUACAGUUCCUUCCCUGCCACCCCCACACCAAUACUGUACCUAGGCUAGAAAAGGUCAUCCUGUUGGAACCACAUUCUUUUGCAUCAGAACUGUUAGCUUACAAACUGAUCAUACACCUAACGAAAUGCAUCUCAGAGUCCCUCUGUUUGACUUAUUGUGGAUUAUCGUGAACAAUUUGAAAAACUCCCCCCAAAUUUUGGAUAUUGAUAUUUUCCUGCCUUUUAUAUUAGCUCUAUAAUUAUUUCCACAUAAUAGUGGUAGGAUUGUUAUUUAUAUUGCCAAUUUGCUGUGUGUGUAACCUAAUUUUGCAGGUGAGUGGCCAAGUUGAUACUAUCUGUUAAUUUAUUUGGAAAAAUACUUAUAUGUUACAAUUUUAUAGAAAAUAUCAAAGCAGUUUACAACAUGUAUGAGAGAAAGGUUGUUGUUGCUAAUAAUAAUAAUAAUAAUAAUAAUAAAUUGUAUACCACCCUUCAUCCAAAGAUCACAGGGUGGCUCACAACUUAAGAAUACAAAAUGAGAACGUGUGUGUGUGUGUGUGUGUGUGUGUGUAAGUAAUAGCUCACCAACUGACUAGUACAUUUAAUUUACUUACGAAAUCCUGAUCUGGAAUUUAAGAAUAGAAAUGGGACAAUCUGUGCCCACUGUGCUUCUAUGCCAGAUGCUCAUGAGGCAAAAUCUCCUUCUUCACAUCCAGUAUAGAUAUCAGGUGGACUGCCAGAGGAGGCGGCAGUGCCUCUUGCUUUCUUUACCAGCCUUCUUUAUUUGUAGUCUACCUAUUAAAAAACUUACUAGCCUCUGUUCUUUUUUUCUUUUUCUUUUUUCUCAUACGAAGAUUUGUUGAAGAGUAAAAAGCAGAUGAGUUUGAAAAAUCAGUCUAGUAAUUUUGCAGGGCUUAUUGGCAAGGUUAUGUUUCGUAAUAUUUUUGUUUGUAUAUAAAGUUACAAUUUCUAGCUAGUUUUCACGGUUAGUAACAUUUUCCAACAGUGCUGCAGCUCUUGCUAUUUCAGUUUAAUGUUUUAUUAGCACAGACAGAAAUACAGUCCAAGAAAACAGACCAGAUCCAGAUGGAGAGGACAGAUUUUUCUAAAUGAGAAUGCAGAGUACUCAUUGGCAAUAAAAAUGUGGCUUUAACAGUCGCAAUGUAAGUAUUGAACCUGAAGGAGGAGCGGAAAUAUCUAGCCAUUGUAGUGGUGGGCCCAAAUGAGUGAUAAAUUUGUAGCAGGGAUUUUGAAAGAUGAAUGACUCCCAUGACUUUACUCUUGGCUAUUUAUUGGUCAGUAUUCACUUAUGUUGAUCAUGUUCUACUCCAAGAUUUACAUUUUACUUUAUCAUAAAGAUUCAAGAACAGGAACAUAUUAUUUAAACUUGCCUGACUUGCAUUGCUAACUAUCCAGAAGCUCUAUAUAUAGAUAUGGAUUAGAUAUAGAUAUAGAUAUAAAAUUCAGCCACUGUCUUUUUCUUCGCUUUUUCAAAAGGUAUUAAUGGUUUCCUAGUUGGAGUGUAAUUAAGUUGUCUUUUCAAAAUGGUUAAGCCCCAGCUGCUACAAACGUUACAUUCUGUUCACUGUGUUAUUCGAAAUCAGGAAAUUUAGUACACCUAUUUAUUUAUUAACAAUAUUUGUAUACUGUACUAUUGCAUCUUGCAAGCAGUAGACUUACACAUUUUUAACAUUGUGCAGUUGAAAGCCGGCCAGUCGAUUUCCCACAAAUUAAUUGCCCCCAAAGUGGAGACCUUAAAAGCUCCUUUUACACCAGGUUUCCCAGCACUGGAAGAGCUUUUUAAAUUUUCUGCCUUGCUUACUAGGCAAAUUCCGCUCAGCACAUGGGAAAUGGGAUAUUCUUGCAAGAUCCCCAUGAGAUCUAGUGAAAGCAUCCCAGACCCUGCACACCGAGCGGAACUUGACCAGUAAGUAGCUCUCUGCUUUGCUUGGGUAAGGUCCGCUAGAUGCACCAGUUCCAGAAGGUAAGGAUGGUUGCACAAGUGCAGUUCCAAGAAGAUGAUUAGAGUAUACACAUUUUUGCACUUUUCCUGAAACGUAACACCUGUACAAUAUAGUACUGUACCAUCCAAUAACUGAGGUUUUGUGCAACUAUAUUAAAAUGUCCAAAAAAGACCAUAAUGUGGUUGCCAGGCACACCUCUAAGAAAAAGCUGGAUUCUACGGAGGGUGACAGAUUUCCCACCCCAGAUCUAGAAAAUCAGUUUCACCCAAGAGUGGCUGGGGUUGACCUGGCCUGAACUCCUUCAUCCAAAAAGUGGGGGAGUCAGCAGCCAGUCUAUAAUUGUUCACAUCUAAUAACCACUUUUUUAAAAAUAACAUAGCCCAUCACUCGGAGAAAUUUGCAGCCUCCUGUACUCAGCCAAACAGCCUCUCCCUACUAGAAGUGAUAAGCCAUGAAAGGCAAGGGUUGGUUGCCUAGACCAGGGGUUGUCAGCCUGAUCCCUACCGCCCACUAGUGUGCGUUUCAGGAUUCUAGGUGGGUGGUAGGGGGUUCUACGGCACAAGUUGCAUCCUCCUUCCAUCGAGCAUUGGUGAGCGGUAAGGAAAUUUUACCAUCAAGAAAGAUGCAUUAGUGGGUGGUAGGUAUAAAAAGGUUGACUACCCCUGGCCUAGACUUUACCAAAAACCUUGUCCACAUCCUUGGAUCUCAGUAAUAGACAAUCCUACAAUGAAACAAGACCAAAUGGAGCACAGACACCUUUGUUAAUAGAGGAUUCCAUCAUAACACUCUCAGGGCCAGAUUGUAAGAGGCUUCUAACCUAUUGAAAAUUAACUUCUGGAUGGCACUGAGAAGAUGCACUGAUAAUGGGGGAAAGUUUCUUUGCCCCCAAUAAGUGGCACACAGUAUGCCUGAUCAUUAACUCUAACCCAUGUUUGUUAGUCAUAAAAAGUCUUCUGGUCUCAGUGAACUACCUGAUGAUAGGAUUCUGGUCCCCUGCAUGAAACUUUUGGCCCUAAACUACUCAGAUACGACGUUGAUGAACGCACUGAACACACUUAGUUAUCUUUAAUAGUGGAAACAUACACUCUACUGUCAAAAAUGAGCAAUACAAGUAAGCUAAAAUACAAAAGUUAAUAUUUUGCUUCUGAGCAACAUUAUUUUUGUUGUAUCCAUGUACACAGUUUAAAAUGUUAAAGAUACACUCUCCUGCCAUUGAAGGUGUUGUUAUUCAUACUGAUUUAGUGAAUUUGAGUUCCCUAAAGAGACCUUCAAUCCUGCUUAUAAAUUACUGUUCAGUGAAAGUGCAUUGGGAACUAGAUAUUGGGGUUGUCCUUUAACCUUUUUACAUCCUUGGCUAUGAUAUUAUUUCCUAAUAAGCCAUCUUGAAGGUUCCAGUAAUAUCAGGAAGUUGGUGUGAAAAGAUAUAAUGAAAACUUAAUGCAUUUCUGCUUCUAUUCUACAUUGUGUCUAGGGUAGUGAACCUUCCUACCUGUGUUUUAUGUGUUUCGGUGGCGCUGUGGUCUAAACCACAGAGCCUAGGGCUUGCCAAUCAGACGGUCAGUGGUUCGAAUCCCUGCAACAGGGUAAGCUCCCGUUGUUUGGUUCCAGCUCCUGCCCACCUAGCAGUUCGAAAGCAUGUCAAAGUGCAAGUAGAUAAAUAGGUACCGCUCCAGCGGGAAGGUAAACGGCGUUUCUGUGCGCUGCUCUGGUUCGCCAGAAGCGGCUUAGUCAUGCUGGCCACAUGACCCGGAAGCUGUACGCUAGCUCCUUGGCCAGUAAAGCAAGAUGAGCGCAGCGAUCCCAGAGUCGUUUGCGACUGGACCUAACGGUCAGGGGUCCCUUACCUUUACUACUACAGACGCGUACUGAGGGAGCUUAAAUUCACCAGCCCAUUUGGGGCGGGGGUGGGGGACAACUGCUUUGCACAUAGUGAACUCUAAAAGUAUAAAGAGAAAGCUUGAGUGCCUUUAAUACAACCAAAACCUUUAGAACCUAUAAUGUCAUUGGAUUGUUGAAUUGUCUGUAUUUUAAGAUGUUGCCAGUUUUACAGGCUAGAAGAGCAGAGCAGCAGCGCACCCAAUCAAGAUGGCAAGCCAUGCCACUGUCACUAUGCAACAGACUUGGAGAGCCACAAAAGCAGGCAGGCUGGCAACGCUGCCAAUUCUUGCUCUGAAUUCUGGAGUGACUGACAUGCCUGAAGAGAGAAUGAAAACAUUUUGUUCUUUAGACUUUAGAGGUUUGGGAUUUCUAGGCUGAAAAUUUGGCAUUCGGGGACAGGAGUUUCACAUCGGCAAGUAUUGUUGCCCCUGGGAAAGUGACUCAUGUUCUUUGCAGGACUCUUCUUUUGGGGAAAGAUUCUUGAAUCAACCAACCUAUAAGCUGAUGUUGAAAAUACAAUGGUUACCAUUGAAGAAGUGGGAGGCAAAUAUGUUGGGAUCUGUUUCCAAACAUUAGACAAGUUUAACUGAAAUACGUUGCAUUUAAGGAAUAGUUGUUCCCUCACGGAGUUUAACAAGAAAAUUCUAGUAGUAGGAUAACUUCUCAUUACUAUUGCUAUUGAAAAUGUAGUGCUAUGGUUAUCUUAGCUGCUGUAUGGACUAAAAAAAGUGAUGCUUUGCCAGGGCUUUGUACGCUCUUAGGCAAGAUUGGGGCGGCAGAAGAAAGUAACCAGAAGUAGAGGUGAUGUAGAGAAGAAUCCUGUGGAACAGAGGGGGCAGAUGAAGCAUGUUGUGGGGUUGUUUUUUCAAAAUAUAACUGUUGCAGAAGUGGUUUCAAAGAGGAGCUUAAAGAAUAAGGGAAGUGGCAUGUUGAACAAAGACGGUUAUUUGAGGGAAAGGAAUAGCAUGGCAGUUUUUUUGGAGGGAAAGAGUGAACAAUCUGCAUAUAUGAUGAAAUUAGAUUCUUGAUAAACCUUGUUUAUUUUGCAACAGGAAGUUGCUUUGGCACAAUAGAGGCAGAAGUCUUAGCCAAGCUUGGAAAUAGAAAGCAAACAUAAUUUUAAACAAAUAUUUGGAGUUAAGUGUACUGGAAUAUAUCCUAAGAGAAGUUAACUUAAGGAAGUUUACAGAAGGCACUUUUCCAAUCCCUUCCUCCUUCAACCACCCAUGUCUGACUGUGGGGGCUGGAAAGGCACAGAGUGGGGCUGUGGUGGGAAACUUUCUUCUAUGUACUUCUUUAACUUAAAUUCUAUUAGCAUCCAAACCACUGUAUUCACUCAGUUGAUAAAUCUAGGAAGUAAAUGGAAUUUGAUGGGAGUAAAUGAAUUUCUUUACAACUUUUGAUUUGCACAUAUUACAAAAGUUUGCUUUUUUGUUGCAAAUCUAGUCUAUCUUUGUGUUAAAUAUAUUCUUUGUUUGCUGUAGUACUGUUUGUACUGUUUGUAUAUACAGUGGCAUAGCAUUUCAAAAGAGGAAGGGAAUGCUAAGUUGCUGCUGUUUCACUCUUAACGCUGAAAGGAGGAUUUUUGACUUAGCCUUUCUUUUUUGUAAAUUAGCAUAUGCUAGACUCUGGAUAAUUAGGGAUUUGUGACAAAACCUAACAAAUUAUUGUGAAGUUAUUUUGUUUUCAAAAAUCGUGGGAUGAAUAUUUGUGUGGCACACCUUCUGUUUUGCUGCUGCAGCAGUCAAAUUACUUUGCCUUUCCUUUGCUGCUACAGCAGAUGUUUUCAGUCUUUCUGAGUCCACAGCUCCCUUGAUCAACUACAUGCUUUCUGUGGCACCCUUGUGGGUCUCAGGAGCCCAUUUAUGUCACCCCUUGCCGGCGGAGCUGGCAGCCCCUCACCCUUUUUCAAACACCCUCCCUUGUGGAGUGUUCGCUCAGCCUCCUCUCUGCUCUCCUCUCCGUGGGUGUCCACUGGGCAGCCACAGCUGCCCCCCCAGUCUCUGAGCUGCCCCCCCUGCCCCAAAGAGAGGUGCCUCCUCACAGUGCCCCACAGGGGCCUGGGAAGCACCCCCUGGCCAGCCCCAGCAGCACCAUUCACAUGGGGAGCUUGUAGCCAGGCUGCAGCAAGAAACAACUGUGCAAGCCUUUGGGAGGCAGAGGCCCAAGAAGGCAUCAGAGGAAGGAAGGAGGGAGGGAAGGGAAGAGGGACAGAGGCCAGUGUUGCCUGUGCCACCCCUGACCAUUCAAGGCACCCCAGGGUGCCACGACACACUGGAUGAAAACCACUGUACAGUGGAACCUCUACCUGCGACCAUAAUCCAUUCCGGAGGUCCAUCUGGAGGUCGAAAUGGGUUGCUGGGAGAGGCACCAUUGUGCGCAGGCACGGGCAGUGAUUGCCCACUUCUGCGCAUGCGCGAACGGCGAUUGCCGCUCCUGCACAGGUGCAAACAGCGACAAACCUGCCAGUUACUUCCGGGUUUGCUGCAGACGUUGGGCUAAAUGGACACAAGCGGAGGCGGACAUAAGAAGAGGUUUGACUGUACAUUUGUUGCCCAUCUCCCUAUGCUGGGUCAUCUCAGGUUACAUGAGUGUCAUAGAAAGAACUGGCUACUUCCCUUACUAUUGAAUUUUGAGAAAGAAGCCUCCAAUACUAUCAUUGCCCCAGUUUCCAUGAGUUAGGAUGCUUGCGUAGUGAAGUAGUGCAAUGUGGGAUGCUCCCCACAUGACCCAGGACCUCUUGCUUUGGCCUGGCAACAUGCCCCUUACCACUGCCAGACUUAAAAGAGGCCUUAGAAGAUGGCAACACUUUCUUACUGUAGCAAUGAUCAAGACUUCUUUAUGAACAGAAACUACCUUGAUACAUGCUAUUAAUACAUAUACCUAUUUCUAUUAUUUUAUCACAUUCUAGUGUCCCACUCUAUCACAAGCAAGGGGGGAUGGAAAUAGCAGUAGUGCUGUUGGGAAGUUGGGGGUGCUUAGUUCUUGUUUAUUCUCUUGGUUUGUGUUGCUUCCAAAAGUUCACUUCCUCCAGGUGGACCCCUAUGAGACAAGGUAAAUAGCUGUAAUGACCCCUUGUGAGGAAAUGUAAAGCACAGCACUCCCUGCUCCCCACCACAAAAAUGUCCCUGUAAUAUACAGAUCUUCCUCUCAAAAGUAAUUAUUUUCCUGGAAUACGCCUGUUGAGAGAAUUUCUUUUUUUCCCUUUAUUUUCCAGGUUGGUACCUUGAUUAGACACUUGACCUUCAGUCAACUCUGCUAAUCUUGGAAAUAAAUAUGUUCAAAAUGAUAAUAAGUUUAGAUCCUUGCAGUGAAGAGUCAUACAGAAUGAAAUCCCAGAGUUGAAAAACAGUUCGUGUAAAGAAGACCGUAGCAAUGUUUCUAGAUUAUAUCAAAGAUCCACAUCUUGGUACUUUACAACAUACAGAUAACAGAGCAUCCAAUAAUGUGAUCAUCAUGUGAAACAGAAGCCUGUGUAGGAUCUGCUGAUCCAAGAGAAUAAGAGGUUGCAGGUAUGUAGAAGUUGUUUUAUCCUCAGUUUUUCUCAUUCUGAUCCAUAGAUUGGCAAAAUACCCUGCAGAAGAUUAUUUACCUUGGAGAUGAAAGGUUAAAUCAAAAUAUUUCAAUUGUGUUUCUGCUAGGUGCAAAGUGGAAAACAUUUCAUAAACAUGAUACAAUAUACUGAGUAGGAAAUAUUUCUAAAGAUUCGAAAAGAUGCUUUGUCCUAACUUUAAGCACUGGAAAUAGGCUUCAGGGUUUUGAGAGUUGUUUCCAAGGAAUCCUUUCAAAUCUUGAUGCCAUGACAACUUGCUUACAUUAGCCAUUAACAAAGACUGUCAACAAGAGUAAAAUUAGAGCUCGUAUGUGGCUCAAUGAGAGCAAAGUCUUAGUUUGAAUAUAGUACUUUGGACAGCAUCCAAAAUACAUUUCAGAUCUGCUUUCCUUUUCGAUUAAAAUGUAUAACUAUUUUGUUCACAAAUUUUACAUUUGUAAUUGCAGAAGUAAUAAAUAUAAGCUGAGGAACUAUGAGAAAUAUUGGGAUUAUAGAGACAUAAAGCUAGAAUAGCAUUAAACGGUAUCUAACCUUUUGAUAACAAAAGUAUUGAUAGAAGGAUUGGAGCCAAACUAAAGUAGUAUGUUCUAUUGAAUUCAAAAGGGUUUCAUUUAGUCAUGACUAACUUGUCCAGUUGAUUUAAGUGGGACCUAAGUUUAACUAGCUUUUUUGGAUCUAACUCAUUUUCUUUUUCUCCACUGUUCACUAAAGAAGAUUGUCUUUAUAGACUCUAAGCUUUACCAAAUUUAUAAUCCCUUCUGUUUAAUACUUAUAGCUGCUAGUUGUAUUUUAAAAGAGCUGUGUCUUUGAUAUUCCUUCUUUCCAAAAAUCUACAUUCUGGAGGCGUAAUUCCAUGUGUCAGCAAAAUAAAUGUAUACACAUUCUAAGUACAGACAAUCUCUUGCCAUUUCCUGAAAAAGAAGAAACACAAAUGCCAACUGCUAUUUUGAUUCAACCGCUCUAUAAUGGGAAACUUCAAUUGCCUGCUUCCUCAAAUAAAAAGAAAAUUAGUGUGCUUUCCAGUUUUAACUAUAGAACUUAACUUUAAACUGCCAGACAAAAUUUCUUCCUUUACAGCUGAGUUUUAAAAAGGCAUCUCUACUGUUCUUUCUCUGGGCCAAACUGUAUGUUAUUCCAGGAGAUGGUUGUUAGUUUGUUUUUUAGGGGUGUGGCACAAGACCAAACACAGAGCAUAACACACACACACACAAAACGCAAAAGUGGAAAAGAUUUCCCUGACUAUGUCGAACAAUUUAAUAAGCAUUUUUUCUUGUACUUGUUUGAGGAUCAUUUCCUUGUCUUUCCUCCAAGUUGCUUACAGUAGCGUACAAGCUUCUUCCAUCAUGCACAUAGAUUUUAUCCUCACAACAAUUCCAUAAAGCAUAACUGGCCCAAGGUUACACAGAAAGCUUCAUAGCUGAGGGGGGAUUUCAACCUGGGAUUCUCCAUUCACAGACUGAUACUAACCACUACACCACACCACCACUUUCCCUUUCAAAAGAACAAUGCAGACUUAGAAACCUGUAAAUCUGAUUGCAAAAAGUGGCCCAGGAGGAAGGGGUUAAGCACCUUCUUACCUGAGCAUCACUGCUGAGGUCAAAAUCUCAACCCUCUACAGGUGUCCCAUAUGACCUCACAGGUGGUGUUUGACAGUUGGCAUGAUUGUGGGGCUAGGGAAGCAUGCUUCUAUUUGUGGUUGGAGUCCCCAGUUAUACGCAUUUCUUGGUCUGCAGUAUAUCAAUAUAUUUCUAACAUUCUGAAGAUUCCUAUGCAGAUGUAUCUACAGCUUUCACUUUUAAAUGAAUGGGACAAUCAAAAGCAAAACUUACCCUCAAAAGAAUUUGUAACGUGUCUGUUGGUAACUGCUGUAAUUUCUAACACAAAAAAUAGAAUGCACUGCAAGGUUUGCAGCUACUGUUGUGGUAUAAAAAUGUUUGGAAUUUGGGAAUCUUAGCGGGGGAAAGGCAUAAUUUGAAAGUUUCUGAUGGGUCAGAAAACACAGAAUAUUUUUAUGCCAUAUAGUGGGAUGUCAUUAGUUAGACCACUACAAAUGAUAUCUAUAAUUGAUUGACUUUUCCAAUGCAUGAAAUUUGGACUUUUAUGCUAGUCUCCUUAUGCAAUAUUCAUUUUACAAAGUAUCGCCCAAGAGGAUUUGUAUGUUAUGUUCCUUGGUUUCAUACUCUACAGUUAAAUAACAUCUCUUUUAAAAAUCUCACUCCUCUGGCUGCUUUGCCAUCCUUGGAGGAAAAAAUACUGGGUACCACGCCACACAUCACCUUCUCCCACUCCUUGCAGAUGGGAAGGCUGCUAUGAAGAGAAGUUGAUCUUUAUUGCAAAUUGAAAAAACUAGGGAAACAUUACUACUGUAAAUGUAAUUCACAGCUCCCACCUACAUUUUCAUUUAGUUGGGAAGGGGAUUAUAGACCUCUCACAUUGUACACCGUUUGUCCCCAGGCUGAUACGCCUUUUUUUUAAAAAAAAAGUGGUGUACACAAUUUCACAUACUUCAGAAUAAUGGGAACUGUAAAACAUAAUAGACCUGACCUUUUCCCAUACAUCCUUGAUUUUGAUCCAUUAGUGUUUUUUCCCUGACAGUCUGAGACGUCUGUGCAGCUGUGUCUGCUAGGUAUUUUAAAGCAAGAUAGCAUAUUCGGGAAGAUAAAGAGUUGUACAGGAAGUGCCUAGGGGGCUGCUUGUUGCAUAAGACAGGUGUCACUUUUCAAAGCUUGCAUAUGAAGUGUGGCUAGCUGACAGCUCUAGGGUUCUGGACAUGCAACAGCACAGCAAAAUACCAUAGCUUUCCUGCUACUCUAAACUUCAGUAGCGGGAGAACUGUGUGUCAGACGAAAGAGGCGCCUUAAGAUUUCUUACCAAAAAUCCUUUGCACUGAGUAAGGUUUUUAUGUUGACUGACUUAAGGAACAAGAGGAUUAAAGUAAAAUCCUGUGAGCAAAGUUCAGAGUGGGCUCGAAAGAUUUCUGUGUGCAGGCUAUCUCUAUGCCACAGCCAGAGAUCUCCUGAAAUGACAGAAAAUACAAGUGUCCAGGAACCAAAGUGUUUUAUUUUCUAGAAGCAAAUUGGUGAGACGACUCUUAAGAAAGGCAUGUACUGUUAAAACUCUGGGUAGUUUUGUGGGAAAUUUGCUUCAUUCUGAUGUGAAGUCUCUUGCGUUUUUAAUAAAACCUUCACAAAGGAGGCUAGAGAGCAGUUAGAAACAACAUCUUUCUCUUUUUUUGCUCAACCAGGUGGCUUUUUGUAUUUUGCAAGAGAGAUUGUUUGGGGAGGGGAGAUAACAGCUACAGCCACGAAUGUGUCAUGGCAAUAUUUCUGUAGCCCAGCUUUUGUACCAGGAUGUUUGUAGCAUGCCAGAGCAGUGUUAGCUCUUGCCUCUCACAAUAAGCCUGUGUCCCUGGCAGCCAUACCUGUUUGCUCUGGUAAGCCCUGCCUGUGACUUGACUCCAAGUUUGAUGGCUGCUGCUGUUUCCAUUUUCUCUUCUUCCUCUUACCUGACUUCCAACGCUUGGUGGGUAUAGGACAUGUUCAUUAUUAUUUUUUAGGCCUUUAUUGGGUAAACGUAAAGAGUUGAUCACUAUAAAUGUGCUUCCGCCCAAAGCAGUGGCGUAGCGUGGGCCGGCUGCACCGGGCGCAACAUCUGGGGGGGGCACGCUCGCACUCAAGUGCUAAAAUCCACGGGUUAGGGGGCGCAAAUUACUUGCCUUGCCCCAGGUGCUGACAACCCACGCUACGCCACUGGCCCAAAGCAAGAAUGGCUGCUCACUUUCUGUUGAGCAAUAGUUGGCGCGAUAACUUGAUUAUGGCAGAUGAUGGAAGAGCAAAUUAUUAAUGAUUGUUUCCCAUGUAUUUUUAUUUUCUGUAAAGUACUGGAAAUGUAAUAUCACAUGGACAUGUGCAUGCUACUUAAAUAUUACAUUGUUUUUGUUUAGGUUUUCCUGCGAGAAUCUACUAACAUAGUCUUUUGA